AUGUCGGGAUAUCCUGGCGGCGGUGGCGGCGGCCACCACGACGGGUACGAUGAUGGCUAUGGUCAAGGCGGCCAACGCGGAAACGGCCAACAAGGCACCGAUUCCUACUAUCAGGACGAUCAGUACUAUGACAACAAUUACGAUGCCCAUGGCGGAGCCCAUGGCGGUAACCCCGGAGGAGACGGUUACUAUGAUGAAUCAGGAUAUUACAACGCGGACCCCAACAACCCGUAUCAUCACGACGGCGGGUAUUAUGAUGGCGAUGAUCAGUAUCACGACGAAUAUCAGAAUCACGGAGGCUACUACGAUCAAGCUCCUCGUCAGGGCUCUGAGGAAGAUUCUGAGACAUUCAGCGACUUCACCAUGAGGUCGGACAUGGCCCGCGCUGCCGAGAUGGACUACUAUGGUCGCGGAGACGAACGAUACAACAGCUAUGGCGACCCUCAGUCAGGCAACCGAGGAUUCAGACCCCCUUCCUCCCAGGUCUCCUACGGCGGCAACCGGUCGUCGGGCGCGUCAACGCCAAACUACGGGAUGGACUAUGGCAACGUCCUGCCUGCAGGGCAGCGCUCACGCGAGCCCUACCCAGCCUGGACUUCGGAUGCUCAGAUCCCUCUGUCUAAGGAAGAGAUUGAGGACAUCUUCCUCGAUCUGACUGCCAAGUUCGGAUUCCAAAGAGACAGCAUGCGCAACAUGUACGACCACUUCAUGACGCUGCUGGACUCUAGGGCCUCGCGAAUGACGCCCAACCAGGCACUUCUAUCCCUGCACGCUGAUUACAUCGGUGGUGACAACGCCAACUACCGCAAGUGGUAUUUCGCCGCGCAUCUCGAUCUGGAUGACUCGGUUGGCUUCGCCAAUGCCACUGCCAAGGGGUUGAAGCGCAAAGCGAAGAACAAGAAGAAGGGAAAGCAGGACGAUGCUGCGAACGAGGCCGAGAUGCUGCAGGAACUCGAAGGCGACGACAGUCUUGAGGCCGCCGAGUACCGUUGGAAAACUCGGAUGAACCGCAUGUCGCAGCACGACCGAGUUCGUCAGAUUGCUCUUUAUCUGCUUUGCUGGGGAGAAGCGAACCAAGUCCGAUUCAUGCCAGAGCUGCUCUGCUUCAUUUUCAAGUGUGCACAUGACUAUCUUGGCUCUCCCGCGUGCCAGGCUCUGGUCGAGCCGGUGGACGAAUUCACCUUCCUCAACAACAUCAUCACGCCACUGUACCAGUACUGCCGAGACCAGGGAUACGAAAUCCUCAACGGUGUCUACGUUCGUCGUGAACGAGACCACAAGCACAUCAUUGGUUAUGACGACUGCAACCAGCUCUUCUGGUACCCGGAAGGUAUUGAGCGCAUUGUAUUGCAUGAUAAGAGCAAGCUCAUUGAUGUCCCUCCGGCCGAGCGUUACCUGAAGUUGAAGGAUGUCAACUGGAAGAAGUGCUUCUUCAAGACCUACCGAGAAACUCGCUCUUGGUUCCAUCUCCUGACCAACUUCAACCGUAUCUGGAUUAUCCACCUUACCAUGUUCUGGUUCUACACCGCCCACAACGCCCCUACGCUGCUGGUGAAGGACUACGAGCAACAGCUCAAUCAGUCGCCCUCUGCCGCUAAGCAGUUCUCCAUUGUUGGCUUUGGUGGUGCUAUCGCAGCACUGAUUCAAGUCCUUGCCACUUUGGCGGAAUGGGCCUAUGUUCCGAGAAGAUGGGCUGGCGCGCAGCAUCUCACCAAGAGGCUGCUCUUCCUCCUCUUUAUGCUCGUUCUCAAUGUUGCGCCCGGUGUCAAGGUCUUCAUGUUCCCGGACAAGAACCCCAACUCCGCAAUCGACCAUGCUCUCGGAAUCGUGCACUUCAUCAUCGCCAUCAUCACCUUCCUGUUCUUCGCCGUCAUGCCUCUGGGUGGCUUGUUCGGCAGCUACUUGGUGUCCAACUCUCGACGAUACGUGGCCAGCCAAACGUUCACGGCUGCUUGGCCGUCGCUGCCGUUCAAUGACAUGGCUGUCUCUUAUUUCCUGUGGCUGACAGUUUUCGGAGUCAAAUUCGGAGAAUCAUAUGUGUUCUUGGCACUCUCGUUCCGUGAUCCCAUGAGGUACCUCUCGAUUAUGCACCUGUCUUGUCAAGGUGAUCACCUUCUGGGUGGUGACAUCCUGUGCAAAAAUCAGCCCAAGAUCACACUGGGCCUCAUGAUUUUCACGGACCUGAUUUUCUUCUUCCUGGACACAUACCUGUUCUACGUCUUGAUCAAUGCCAUCUUCUCCAUUGCACGAUCGUUCUACAUUGGUUCUUCGAUCUGGACUCCAUGGAGGAACAUCUUCUCUCGUCUGCCGAAGCGCAUCUACUCCAAGGUCUUGGCAACAACGGACAUGGAAAUAAAGUACAAACCCAAGGUCCUUAUUUCUCAAGUCUGGAACGCCAUCGUCAUCUCCAUGUACCGAGAGCAUCUCCUUGCCAUUGACCACGUGCAGAAGUUGCUGUACCACCAGGUUCCGUCAGAGCAAGAAGGAAAGAGAACACUGCGAGCCCCGACUUUCUUCGUCUCUCAAGAAGAUCAUUCCUUCAAGACGGAGUUCUUCCCCAGCAACAGUGAGGCUGAACGCCGAAUUUCCUUCUUUGCCCAGUCGCUCUCUACGCCUAUUCCGGAGCCCCUGCCGGUGGACAACAUGCCGACUUUCACAGUCAUGAUUCCCCACUACGGUGAAAAGAUCCUUCUUUCCCUGCGAGAAAUCAUUCGUGAGGAUGAGCCCUACUCCCGAGUUACACUUUUGGAGUACCUCAAGCAGCUUCACCCGCACGAAUGGGAUUGCUUCGUGAAGGACACCAAGAUUCUGGCUGACGAGACAUCGCAACUGAACGGCGACGAAGAAAAGAACGAGAAGGACACGGCCAAGAGCAAAAUUGACGACCUUCCGUUCUACUGUAUCGGUUUCAAGUCCUCCGCCCCUGAAUACACCCUCCGUACACGCAUUUGGGCGUCGUUGCGCUUCCAAACGCUGUACCGAACAAUCUCCGGCUUCAUGAACUAUAGCCGUGCUAUCAAGCUGUUGUAUAGAGUCGAAAACCCUGAAGUCGUGCAAAUGUUCGGUGGCAACACGGAUAAGCUGGAGCGCGAACUGGAGCGCAUGGCCCGCCGCAAAUUCCGCAUUUGCGUAGCCAUGCAGCGUUAUUCCAAAUUCAAGAAGGAGGAAAUGGAGAAUGCCGAGUUCCUGCUCCGCGCAUACCCCGACCUUCAGAUCGCCUACCUGGACGAAGAGCCCCCCGUUGCCGAAGGCGAAGAGCCCCGACUGUACUCUGCUCUCAUUGACGGCCAUUCCGAGAUCAUGGAGAACGGCAUGCGACGUCCCAAGUUCCGCGUUCAGCUCUCUGGUAACCCCAUUCUUGGUGACGGAAAAUCCGACAACCAGAACCACUCGAUCAUCUUCUACCGUGGUGAAUACAUCCAGCUCAUCGACGCCAACCAGGACAACUAUCUGGAGGAAUGCCUGAAGAUCCGAAGCGUGCUCGCCGAGUUCGAGGAAAUGAAGACUGAAAAUGUGUCUCCGUAUACCCCCGGUGUUAAGACCAACUCGCCUGCGCCUGUGGCCAUUCUCGGUGCCCGUGAGUACAUUUUCUCCGAAAACAUUGGUAUCCUUGGUGAUAUCGCCGCCGGAAAGGAACAGACAUUCGGUACUCUCUUUGCGCGUACCAUGGCUCAGAUUGGUGGAAAGCUUCACUACGGUCAUCCUGAUUUCCUCAAUGGUAUCUUCAUGACAACUCGUGGAGGUGUUUCCAAGGCUCAGAAGGGUCUGCAUCUGAACGAAGAUAUUUUCGCCGGUAUGAAUGCCAUGUUGCGUGGAGGCCGAAUCAAGCACUGCGAGUACUACCAGUGUGGUAAGGGUCGUGAUUUGGGUUUCGGUUCCAUUCUUAACUUCACCACCAAGAUCGGUACUGGUAUGGGUGAGCAACUUCUGUCUCGAGAGUACCAUUACCUGGGAACCCAACUGCCCCUGGACCGUUUCUUGUCCUUCUACUAUGCUCACGCCGGUUUCCACGUCAACAACAUGUUCAUCAUGCUGUCCAUCCAGAUGUUCAUGAUCACGCUCAUCAACAUUGGAGCUCUGCGACACGAGACCAUCCGAUGCGACUACAACCGAGACGUCCCUAUCACCGAUCCCCUGUUCCCCACCGGUUGCGCCAACACGGACGCCUUGAUGGAUUGGGUCCAGCGCUGUGUCUUCUCCAUUUUCUUCGUCUUCUUCCUGUCGUUCGUUCCCCUGAUAGUGCAGGAAUUGACCGAGCGUGGUAUUUGGAGGGCCCUGAGUCGUUUCCUGAAGCAAUUCCUCUCGCUUUCACCGUUCUUCGAAGUCUUCGUCUGUCAGAUUUACGCGAACUCUGUGCAGCAGAACAUUUCCUUUGGCGGUGCCAGAUAUAUCGGAACAGGUCGUGGUUUCGCCACAGCGCGCAUUCCCUUCGGUGUCCUGUACUCUCGAUUCGCCGCCCCGUCAAUCUACUUCGGCGCGAGGUUGUUGAUGAUGCUUCUGUUUGCGACCGUCACCGCCUGGCAGCCUGCCCUCGUUUACUUCUGGAUCACCUUGCUUGGAUUGACAAUCUCGCCCUUCCUGUACAACCCGCAUCAGUUCGCAUGGACCGAUUUCUUCAUCGACUACCGUGACUACCUUCGUUGGCUGUCGCGUGGUAACUCUCGCUCGCAUGCUUCUUCGUGGAUUGCUUUUUGCCGACUUUCUCGAAUCCGAGUCACUGGUUACAAGCGCAAGAACCUGGGCGACGCGUCAGCCAAGCUGUCAGGCGAUGUUCCCAGAGCAGCCAUUACCAACAUCUUCUUCACGGAAAUCUUCACGCCGCUCCUGCUCGCUAUUGUUACGCUUAUUCCGUACUUGUUCAUGAAUGCACAGACUGGUGUCGUUGCCGAUAAGCAGAAGCCUACCGACUCUCUCGUUCGAAUCUUGAUCGUCGCUUUCGGCCCCGUCGCCAUCAAUGCUGGUGUGUUGAUGGUUAUGUUUGCCAUGGCAUGCUUUAUGGGACCUCUCCUGAGCAUGUGCUGCAAGAAGUUUGGCAGUGUCCUGGCCGCUAUUGCUCACGCUCUUGCCGUCAUCUUCAUGUUGGCUUUCUUCGAAGUGCUCUUCUUGCUCGAGGGUUUCAACUUCUCUCGCACGAUGGCCGGCAUGAUUGCCGUGGUGGCGAUGCAGCGAUUCCUGUUCAAACUCAUCGUCUCGUUGUUCUUGACGCGAGAAUUCAAGGGUGAUGGAUCCAACAUUGCCUUCUGGACUGGAAAAUGGUACUCCAUGGGCUGGCACACCGUCACUCAGCCCGCUCGUGAAUGGCUUGCCAAGAUUACCGAACUCAGCAUGUUUGCGGCUGAUUUCAUUCUUGGACACUGGCUGCUGUUCUUCAUGAUUCCUGUCAUCCUCAUCCCUCGCGUUGACGUACUGCAUUCGAUGAUGCUGUUCUGGCUCUUGCCAAGCCGACAAAUUCGUCCUCCGAUUUACUCCAUGAAGCAGUCGAAGCUUAGGCGACGCCGCGUCAUUCGCUUUGCCAUUCUUUACUUCGUUCUCGCCAUCGUCUUCAUUGCUCUUAUUGUCGGCCCGAUCUUUGCUGCCAAGUCCAUCCCUACCUCGUUGACCGACCAGCUGUCGGACAUUGCGAACUUCCGACUGUUGCAGCCAAACCACCAGAACAAUGACAACACGAACGGAACCCAGCAGACUGGUACCGGCGCCCCAGACUACACUGGCGCUGGCAGGAAAACGACAACGACGACUGGUGCGGGUGCUGAUUUCACCGGCAAGAUCAGGCUAUUUUAA